CGCUGCCCUCGUGUGACGUCAUCAGUCCGUGACGUGCCAGGAGAGCCCAGCUGGGUGGGAGGGGGAGGAAGGAGCUGUCACUGCGGGCCGACCUGCAAUUCGCCGCAUGCUGCCAGGAUGAGUAACAGCCACCCUCUGCGACCAUACACCACCAUCGGAGAAAUUGACCACGUGCACAUAUUAUCGGAGAAUGUUGGCGCGCUGAUAAAUGGUGAAGAAUACAGCGAUGUUACCUUUAUUGUGGAAAAGAAGACAUUUUCGGCUCACAGAGUCAUUCUGGCGGCCAGGUGUCAGUAUUUCAGAGCGCUGUUAUACGGAGGGAUGCGGGAAUCUCAGCCUGAGGCAGAAAUCGUCCUGCAGGACACCAGUUCAGAGUCCUUCUCCAUGCUGAUAAAAUACAUCUACACCGGGCGAGCCACUCUUCGAGAUGAACGUGAGGAUAUCAUCCUGGACUUUCUCAGCUUAGCUCAUAGAUAUGGCUUCCCAGAGCUCGAGGACUCCACGUCGGAGUAUCUUUGCACCAUUCUCAAGAUUCAGAACGUGUGUAUGAUCUAUGACGUGGCAAACCUGUACUCGCUGUCCAAGCUGACCAACACCUGCUGUAUGUUCAUGGACCGUAAUGCACAGGAAGUCAUCACCAGCGAGGGCUUCCUGUCACUGUCCAAGAGUGCACUCUUGGAUAUCGUACGGAGGGAUUCCUUUGCUGCUCCUGAGAAGGACAUUUUUCAGGCUCUAAUGCGGUGGAGCAAACACAAUCCAAAGGAGAAUCAUACUGAAAUAAUGGAUGCCGUGCGCCUACCUCUGAUGAGUCUCACAGAGCUCCUAAAUGUGGUGAGACCCUCUACUCUGCUCUCCCCAGACUCAAUCUUGGACGCCAUCAAAGUGCGCUCAGAAAGUCGAGACAUGGACCUAAAUUACAGAGGAAUGCUAAUCCCUGAGGAGAAUCUUGCCACUAUGAAAUACGGCGCGCAAGUGGUUAAAGGAGAACUGAAAUCCGCCCUAUUGGAUGGAGACACACAGAAUUAUGACCUAGAUCACGGCUUUUCUCGGCAUCCAAUCGAGGACGACUGUCGCUCCGGCAUUGAAGUAAAGCUUGGUCAGCCCUCAAUUAUCAAUCACGUCCGUCUCCUCUUAUGGGACCGCGACAGCCGAUCUUACUCGUACUACAUUGAGGUAUCCAUGGAUGAACUGGAUUGGAUCCGUGUCAUUGAUCACUCGCAGUUCCUGUGCAGGUCCUGGCAGAAGCUAUAUUUCCCAGCUCGUGUCUGCAGGUACGUUCGAAUCGUGGGGACGCAUAACACGGUCAAUAAGGUUUUCCAUCUCGUGGCGUUCGAAUGCAUGUUCACCAGCAAGUCAUUUACACUGGAGAAAGGCUUAUUGGUUCCCACAGACAAUGUUGCUACCAUCUCUGAAUGUGCCAGCGUGAUCGAGGGAGUCAGCCGAUGUCGGAAUGCCUUGCUGAACGGGGACACCAAGAAUUACGACUGGGAUUCUGGAUACACGUGUCACCAGCUGGGCAGCGGUGCCAUUGUCGUCCAGCUCGCUCAGCCCUACAUGAUCGGAUCGAUCCGAUUGCUGUUGUGGGAUUGCGAUGAUCGUAGUUACAGUUACUAUGUUGAAGUUUCCACCAAUCAGCAGCAGUGGACGAUGGUGGCGGAUCGGACGAAGGUUCCUUGCAGGUCAUGGCAGACGAUUUCAUUUGACCGACAGCCGAUGUGUUUCAUCCGGAUAGUGGGAACGCACAACACAGCCAAUGAGGUUUUUCACUGCGUUCACUUUGAGUGCCCAGCACAGAUUGUCACGCACAAGGACGAUGGUAAUGAAGAAAGUACUUCUUCGGAUCAGAAUCAUUCAGCACCACAAGGGCUAUCGAUAGGUCUCCGAGCCUCGAAUGGCGGCUCCUUACAAUUAUUGACUGACCAGAACGGCCGAGGCCAGGGUCAGCAGCAGCAAUAAAGCAGAGUAUAUGAAGAAUCUAAUGUGGAAUGUCGGGAAAGUAUGUCUCAUUUCCAUUCACGCCGAACAUUCUGAUUUGUAUCCAUUCAGCAUUAACACUGGAAGCUUGUUCCAAGGGCAUCAUUCCCUUCUAUUUGUGAAAACGAGAUCAAAGCAUGUGGGAGAGAAAAUGGGUCUUCAAUCCUCAUCAAGGAAGCCAUUAGUACACAGCCUCCAUGGUGGAAACAUGUCAAGAGGGCUAUCAUUACGUAAUUGGUCGGAUGGCUGCUGAAACGCAAGCUGUGGCUCUGCAGAGGAACCAGACUAAUUGAGGAAUUUAUUGCUUUCUGACAACCUGAAGUAGAUUUAUUACUAAUAUAUUGUGAUUAUUGAUUGGAAGGCUCUGAAUAGCUCACAGUUAUUGUUUGUUUUUCUUUGUGUUUGGGACAAUCGGUACAGAGAUGCAGAUACCCUCGCUGUCUCUAUGUAUUCAUCAUGCAGUCAUCUGAGACUUCUGAUCUCCUGGCCGAUGUUGAGAUAUGAUGAAAGGCUGCAAUGAUGCUAGAUUACUAUAUAGAAGAUAAUUCUGUCCAUGGAAAUCGCAGCCCUGUGCCAUGAAUGACCGCGUGUUGGCUGUCUGAGUGAAUGUAUAGAGGAUAUUAUUUGCCAAUGUGCUCCGACAUGAAGAAACUUGCAAUGUUUUGCACUUUAGUUAAAUUUAAUCCCCUCAGCUCCCACAGGGGCCAACAACAAAUACUGUAAACAAGUACUGUCAGGAACAGAAUUAAAAGUAUAGUCUAUUCACUAA